AUGGCUAUGCUUAACUUCCCCGAAGCACAAUGGGCCUCAGCAAACGAAUCCCGAGAGGGGUCAACUGGGUAUCUAGCCAUGCAUAGGGCGCAGCUCGCCAAGUAUGCGGACCGUCGUGGCGCAGCUGACGUAGCUAUAGAUAGUGCAUUUCUUGCUGACUGUCUUUCUACGGCUAAAACCUGGUUCUGGGACGUUUCAGAUGCAUGCUCUGACGGCUAUAUAAAUGUUAGCGGGAGAUUGAUUCCUCCAUAUACGAUACCUGAGCGAAUACAGGAUAGCAUGAAUAUUGCAUGCCUACGGCCGGGCACCGACGUAUCUAUGCUGCCAGGUAUCGGUGGAUGA